CCUUAUUAUUCCAUCUUAGAUAAAUAUUGGCCAGGAUCGUCCGCAUCACUGAAUUCUGAAUUGGAUCAAAAAAAUAUGCUUAAUAUGUUUUCUGAUUCUUUGGUACCGAACGAGCUGAAUCGUUUCGAAUAUGAUCCAAAUCUAAUUGCUGAUUUUGAAUAUGAUAAAAAUUUUCGAAGAACAACUUUAAAAUUUAAUUGCUACGUUACGUCGAUACUACAUUUCGGUGCCACAGAUGACAUGAAAAAGCUUCUAAAUGAAAAUUUUGUUGAGCAGUAUCCAUUUGUGCAAAUAACCUAUAGCAAAAUCAAGAGCAUUGAAUAUGAAUUGUUAAAGUUGGCACAUUUUUGUGACUUUGAUGAUAUUGUUGUCGCAUAUGCAUACGUUUUCUUUGAAAAACUUAUCUUCAAGGUAUUUAAGUUUUUCGGUAUAAUAAAAAAACCGAACAGAAAAUUGAUAGCCGGCGCUGCACUUUUGAUCGCUGCGAAAAUUACUGACUUUGGAACAGUUCGAGUUUCUAAAGUUGUCGAGGUUGGUUGA